UGUUGUAAGAAAUUCACAUGUACCAAACACAUUCAAAUGAACCCAGAACCAUACCUAUCUCUGCCCUGGCUUGUCCAUUGAUAGGCUCCCAUAAUAACAGCUGGCUAGCUUCCACGCUAACCAUCAAACCACAGGAGACAGGAGUGCAAGGCUGAUAUUAUAAACCUGGAUUGCUGGGUGAAGACUGAAGAGAAGAGCAACACGUCUAGUCUCCACAGUGUUCUACAUAGAAAGACUUCAUGAGAAACUACCUAUCAAUCUGAACCUAAUGUUUAUCUUAUUAAAAAAUCAAACUCUUAAUAGACAAGGUAAAGGCGUAAAGCAGCGUUUCAAUAAAGUGCAAUGGCGCAUUACUUUUUCUGUUCCCUCCUUUUGAUGUGUAGCGCAUUAUUUUCUUCUUUUUAAGUCCUCCCAUGGCGCCAUCUCCUCUCAUCCCAUCACAGUCUCGAAACUCCUCCCUCUUCUCCGCCUCCGGACAGCACCAUCGCGGAGGCGCAGCCCUUUCCUCUCCCUCUCCCUUCGUCCUCCACGGCUCCACAUACUCCCUCCCCAGCAGCACGCCAUCUCCUCCACGCACAGCAGCAGCACGCACCAGACGCCUUCGUCCUCCACUCACAGCAAGACCUCCCUGCACUCAGCCACGCAGUGGCACAGCAGCAGGGUCGUCGUCCACGUAUCAGCAGCCCCGUGUCGCCCUCCGUGCAGCGCAGUCCAGCCGCCGUGCCGUCCGCCACGCAGGUGGUCAAUAUUAUUGUCCUUCAUCUCUUUUUGACCCUGAUCUUGGAGAAUUGAAAGUUUUUGUCCUUGUCUCAAAGAUUCCAAAUUUAUUUUUGGGUGUAGUUGAAGUGGAAAGAAGAAUUAAAAGGUGAGAGUUUGACGAAUCCAAUGGAUAGCAAUAGUAUAAACAGUGAAGAUCUGACAGAAAUUGAGAAUUCCAACAGAGAGGACCCUGAACAGCCUCAGAUUGAGGGUGAGGAGCUGAAUAGGAU